AGGUCUUACAGGUGAGUAAUUAAUGACAGAAAUUUCAUUUUUGGGUGAACUAACCCUUUAAAUUAGAAUAAAUUUGAUGAGUUUUGCUCUCACAAAAACACUGAGAUAACUGUUAAACUAUUAUAUUUAAUCAAUAUAUUUCAUCGAUAUUUUAAUGCAAGUCAGCUAGUGCAAGUGUCGUGUUUUUAUUAUUUAUACAAUAUACGUUAAUCAAAAUAAAGGUUUUAUACACUUUACAUUCUGCGCUUUUUUAAUUUUACAUUUGAUUUGAUUUGAUUAUUAUUAAGUCAUAUUUUUGUGAGGAAUUGACUUUUCAUCCCUCCCCAAUAAAACAGCCUUAUAAAAUGUUGUUAGCAGGAAAUGUAGAUGAGUUGUUAUGGAAGACGCGCGCGCGCACCUCUCUCUCUCUCUCUCUCUCUCUCUCUCUGUCUUUACCUUUUGAUUUCCAUCAUUUACUUCCAGUCAGCGCUUGAUUCGGCGUCAUUUCUCCGCAUGUGGAUCAGAGCUGCGGUGAUUCUCCGUUCGGACUGGAGUAACUUUCUUCAUCUUCAUCAUCAUCAUCAUCAUCAUCAGUGACAUUCAGUUUCACCGAUGGAGGAAAAAACACAAGUCGUCAAAGAUUCUCCGUUUUCUAUCAAGAACCUGCUGAACAAACCCGACAAACCCAGAGCCCACACGAGUCUCUCCCUCUCCAGAGUUCCGGAUCUCAGUUUCCUGCGGUUCGGAUCCUGGUGCUGCCCGACCGGAGUCACCGGACACCCGAACACACCCGCGGAUCGAAUCCGAGGCUCGACAGAAGCGCUGAAAUCAGAAGCGGAGGAUCCGGAUCCCAAAGACGAGGAUGAUGAUGUUCUUCUGGAGGAAAGUGACUCGGACGAGCAGAAGACGGAGGAAAGCUCUCAGAAGAAACUUUGCCGCAAGAAAAAGACCCGCACCGUGUUUUCCCGCGCACAGGUGUUCCAGCUCGAGUCCACCUUCGACAUGAAGCGCUACCUGAGCAGCUCGGAACGCGCGGGACUCGCCGCGUCGCUCCGCCUGACCGAGACGCAGGUGAAGAUCUGGUUCCAGAACCGGCGGAAUAAGUGGAAGCGGCAGAUCGCCGCCGAACUGGAGGCCGCGAACCUCAGUCACGCGCAGAGGAUCGUGCGCGUGCCUAUCCUGUACCACGAGCACGCGGAGAGCGCGCGCGCCGCGGGGCUGACCUUCACGCACGCACUUUACUACCCGCAUUCCCUGAUCAGACCCGUGUGAGGACCAGAGAGACUCAACCUCAAACUAACUCACCUGUCGGAAGAGUGACACACCUGCGCAAACACCUGGACGGGAGUUCUCGCGCAGGACUGGAAAGAUGAAGUUAAUACGUAUUUUUUGUAUAUAAGGCUGUUAUUAUUUUUCCAUAAACAGUGUGUUGUCAGCCGCAGAGGAAAAAAAUUGUUUCAUCAUUUCAAGGGGAAAACAACGUUUUUGUUUUUGUUUUCCAGUGUAUUUUUAAUCAGGUUGUAACAUUUAAAAGAGGACUUGCAGAUUUAAUUUCAGGAUUUCCAGACUGAAAUCAAUUGUUAUUGACUGUAUUUGUCAUGCACUAGUAAAUAUUUUAUUGUCUGAAAACGUCAGAAAUUAA